AUGGCGCUCAUGCUCAGCCCGGCCGCGACCUUCCUCCCCGUCGCCACCGGCAAGCCCACCGCCACCGCCGCCACCACGAGGAGCCUCCUCUUCGGCACCACCAGCAGCACCAAGGGCAGAGGCGCGCGCAAGGUGGUGGCGAUGGCGGACAUCCUGGGGGACUUCGGCGCGCGGGACCCGUUCCCGGAGGAGAUCGCGAGCAACUUCGGGGAGAAGACGCUGGGCAACGUGGACACGCUGCACCGCAUCCUCAUCCCCACGCUCUCCGUGCUCUCCCUCUCCCGCGUCCCGCUCGACGCCCACCCGGCGCCGCUCUCCGAGGAGGACGCCCGCAGGCUGCUCUUCAAGGUCGUCGGAUGGCGCCUCCUCUUCCCCGGCAAGGGCGACUCCGACGUGCUCAAGCUCGAGUGCGUCUGGAAGGUCCGCGACCAGGCCUGCGGCGACGAGCUCAUCGCCAGGAUCGGCAAGGCGCUCGACGGCGCCGGCCAUGCCCCCGCCGCGCUCCUCUUCGAGCCGCCCAACCAAGUCAGGGCACAGCUCUACACGCCCUCCGUAGGUGGGCUGAGCGCCAACGACUUCAUCAUCGCGGCGAGGAUCGACCAGAUCAAGACCAAAGAUCUUCUCCCAAAGAAGAGGGUCUGGGCAUGCUAA